AGUGCUUCUAAUGCACCAAUGUAGCCUUAGCUUAGGUUUAGAAAACUGUGGAAGUAAUGCAUCUGCUUUUCGUCUUGUAUCCGAGGUGCACCUGGCUAGAGGGUUUCUGAGCUCUCCCGGCUACUAGCGGAUAAAGUCCUAUGCAAUUCUAGGAGAUUGUGCAGGGACCCUCAAGCGUAGACUACGCAUUUUUUUUUGGUCCGAGUAGGCGGUCGGUGUUGACAAAGUCUUUCGGUCAUGCAGUCAUGUACACAACUGUGCAGAACCAAGGCGAAACAUAUCUCGCUCGCCCUCGAACACCAGCCAUCAUAAUCCCAUCACUUGACCACAUCAUGCAUCACUCGCGAACUCUGUCACAUGGUACUGUAUAUUCACAGCCACACCUAUCAGAGAUUUCGUCAGGCAACUCAGAAACUCAUCGACGACCCACUUCUCUCGCAAUGUCCACAGAACUUGCCGCAAGCUACGCUGCCCUCAUCCUCGCUGAUGAGGGAAUCGAAAUCACCGCCGACAAAAUUGUCACCCUGACCACGGCCGCCAAGAUUGAACUCGAGCCGAUCUGGGCAACCCUCCUCGCAAAAGCUCUUGAGGGAAAGAACGUGAAGGAGCUUCUAUCUAACGUUGGAUCUGGUGGAGGCGCACCCGCUGCCUCGGCACCCUCGGGUGCCGCUGGUGGUGCCGCCGCUGCUGAGGAGGCGCCGAAGGAGGAAGCCAAGGAGGAGGAGAAGGAGGAGUCUGACGAUGACAUGGGCUUCGGACUGUUCGACUGAUCUCAUUCCCUUCACUCUUUAUGGCACAUGUUUUUUUUUUGCUUUCCGCACACUUAUGCACUCCCAUCAAAAUACAUUGCCUUCGGAAACCGCAAUUAUCUGGCUUCAAGUGUCGUGUUUGUCUUUGUAACGUCAUUUAGACGGCGACCCAAGGCGUCCCGAACGCGUGCUCUCCCUCUGUCUGCCAAUGUAUAAACCUGGUCAGCAACACAAUGAGAGGCCACUUGAUCCGCACCAUUUGCGAAAACUUGCCUCCGGUCAUCGAAUACCAUUUUCUCAGCGGACAAGAGUGGAUCCGACCCCGUGCCAUGUCUGAGCGCCAUAUCACUGAUAUAUUGUCCGUCAUGGAUCUAUCUCCAUCCAGAGUUCGCACGUUGGAAUGCAACAGGAGCUUCCAGCCUACUGAGGAUCGCGGUUACUGGCCGCCGUCAAGUACUUUCUGGGAGGGUCGAUAACUUUGAUUGCUCUCCUGGGCUCUUCUGCGUUUGCGCCACCACGAUUCAAAGACAGAUCACAGGGCGCACCAGGAGACAUUCUUGAAUCUAGGUGCACGAUCUUCUACACUCGGUCCGCCCUCCCGUCAUCCGCGACGGCUUUCCUAUUGUCUGGGAGACAUCUCUGUAUCGAUCCUUCACCAGGCCCAUCAGCGAAUCCGGUCUGAACGUGCUGCGACUCACGAGACAGGAAGCAUUAUCAUGCCUCGUGCUUCAACGUCGCUAGAAACCCGAUUCUUUCUCGCACACUCUGCUGGUCUAUUUGCCUAGCAUUUUCAUGUG